AUGGCGGCCGCCAUGGAAGGAGGAAACCCGGGGAGACAGAUCACCGAGCGCGGACUGGGGGCCCCGGACAGGCGGUCUGCAAAUCCAACAUACAAAAUGAAGACGGGUUCGUUAGCUGAUAAACCCUCAAAUCACAAGUCACACCCUACACAGGAGAGGCCCGAUCACAAGUCCCAAUCUGAUGGUGUGGCCGGAAGCCCUUUCAGAGCAAGCAAAACAAAAACUGUGAGCACUCAAAGUCCUAAUAAGGUCACACAUGCCAGCGCCUCAGCAUUUACCACACGUCCGACAGCUACCCACGGAGACAAACUGGCAUUAUCUUAUCUACCAUCUAAGGCAAAGCAGAGAUCUGCAGUAAGCACCGUCCCUUGGAUUAGUGCCGCACAAUGCCAAGCUUCGCCAAUACGCCAGAAGUUUCAGCACCAAGGGCAGACGGCACACGCUCUGAUUCCAGUGAGGAUUAAAAAGACAAGGUUGAAACUGUUGGAUUCAGAGAAAAAAAAGACUUUAUCUUCCCCUGCCGGCUGUUUUCAUAUAUCAGGAAACAAAGAUGCAUGUUUCAUUUACCACGGGAGACCACUUAGCAAGCAGCCAGCUCUGACCAGUCCAUACCAACCGGCCGCUAAACAGCCACAUGCAUUUGUGUUCUUAAACAAGAAAGAAACCAGCCAUCCAAAAAGGGUGAAGCAAACAAAGCCUGCUGGGUUUCCAAAGACGGACACGGAAAGUAAUCUAGUUAUCCAGCAGAUAAAUGACUUGGUUCUGGAAGAUUAUAUUAACUCUGUUUCUGAGACCAGCCAAAAGUCAACUAAUGAAGAUUCCGAUCAGUCCGGGAGUAACCAGGUGAAGAUUUUUGAAGCCAAUAUAAAAACUGAUGAUAAUUAUGUCUCCAAAAUACCUCAAGACAUCAGCUAUUCUUUACAAGAGUUCCAGAAAGGAAAUGGCCAACCCCUUCACAAUUCGAGAUUUUCUGCUGGUUACCUCACACCGACUCCGGAAACUCAUGCUUGUUCAGUCAAAGUGCCUCAAAAAGCCAUCGACCGCUCGUUUGGAGAGCAAAAAAUAAUUCAGGAACCCACAGUGUCUUCUUUCCAGGAGCUUCAUAAUGUCUAUGAUAAUUAUUUCAAGAAACUUCAGAAUUCUAGUGCUUCUUCUUCUACAAAGCUUCUGAAUUCAAGUGCUCCUUCUUCCCUAGGGUUCCAGAAUUCCAGUGCUUCUUCUGCCACAGAGCUUCUGAAUUCCAGUGCUUCUUCCUCUACAAAACUUCAGAAUUCUAGUGCUUUUUCCUAUACAAAGCUUCAGAAUUCCAGUGCUCCUUACUCCACAGAGCUUCAGAAUUUCAGUGCUUCUUCCUCUAUAAAGCUUCAGAAUUCCAGUGCUCUUACCUCACUAGAGCUCCAGAAUUCCAGUGCUCCUUCUUCCACAGAGCUUCAGAAUUCCAGUGCUCCUUCUUCCACAGAGCUUCAGAAUUCCAGUACUCUUUCCUCUGAAGAGCUUCAGAAUUUCAUUGCUCAUUCCUCUACAAAGCUUCAGAAUUCCAGUGCUCCAUCCUCCACAGAGCUUCUUAAUUCCAGUGCUCUUUCCUCCCUAGAGCUUUGGAAUUCCAGUGCUCAUUCCUCUAAAGAACUUCACAAUUCCAGUGCUCUUACCUCACUAGAGCUCCAGAAUUCCAGUGCUCCUUCUUCCACAGAGCUUCAGAAUUCCAGUGCUCCUUCCUCCAAGGGGCUUCAGAAUUCCAGUGCUCCUUCCUCUACAAAGCUUCAGAAUGCCAGUGCUCCUUUCUCCAAGGGGCUUCAGAAUUCCAGUGCUCCUUCCUCUACAAAGCUUCAGAAUGCCAGUGCUCCUUCCUCAACAGAGCUCCAGAAUUCCCCUGCUCCUUCCUCCGCAGAGCUUCAGAAUUUCAGUGCUCCUUCCUCUACAGAGCUCCAGAAUUCCCCUGCUCCUUCCUCUACAGAGCUCCAGAAUCCCCCUGCUCCUUCCUCUACAGAGCUCCAGAAUCCCCCUGCUCCUUCCUCUACAGAGCUCCAGAAUUCCCAUGCUCCUUCCUCUACAGAGCUCCAGAAUUCCCCUGCUCCUUCCUCCUCAGAGCUUCAUAAUUUCAGUGCUCCUUCCUCCACAGAGCUCCAGAAUUUAAGUGUUUCUCACUCCACAGAGCUUCAGAAUGCUAGUACUUCUUUCAAAGAGCCGAAGGAAGCUAUCAAUAAUGAGCCUUGGGGGAGUGGACAAACUAGAACAUCACAAGUAGUCCAACAGAAUAUAUCAGUUGAGAAAGAAGUAUUAGCUGGACACCAUGUCAGAGAGAGUACACAGGUGGAUGCCAUUUUAACUCAUAAGAUUACAGAGUGUGCCUAUGCACAUGUGUCAGGGGAGGAUGAGGAGCACAGCACAGACAUGAACCGAAAGGUUUUGUCAUGUCAAACAACAAAAACCUCCACUAGCCUUGAACAAGGCAUCGGUACUGAGAUGGGCGAGGAUGACGAUUUAAGGGUGAAAACGAACAUUCAGUCUCCAAAAACAAGUAUAGCUACAGAAAUUCCCGUCAACACCAUACCUAGAGACAAUGAUAUUAAUUCAGGUCAGAAUUCAAUAAAAUUCUCAAUCGAAGAUCAUUGUACUGGCUGUAUAGUGGACGGUACUCAGGUUUUUGUGCCAAAUACAGACUGUGGCGUAGCUCAGAUUUCAGAGGGUUUGGUACAAAGUUCAGAAUUAAAUAGGGAACUAAAAAGAGAACUGGACUCUUCCAGGAAUUCUAUAAUAAAAAAUGAAAAACGUUGGUCACAUCAAAGUGAGGUUAUCAGAAAAAGUCAAGGCGUUCUGGUGCUGACGAGGAGUACAGAGAAAAAUGCAGUGUUUAUCCCAAAACUAAAAUUUGAAUUUACACCAGACAACAGCAUUGACUAUUCAUUAAUCAAUCUGCCUAAGGGCUGCCAGGGCAAAGGCAGAGCGAAGGGGAGUGACUUACUGAAUAUGAGACCAUAUACGCCUCAUGGCCCCUCAUUCAGCAAGAGCAUUCUGAAGAGGUCAUCUGCGCUCCCAAGUCACAGUCCUUCUACAGUGUAUAAGGGCCCACUCUCAUCCAGCAAUGAUGGCACCUCGCGUGAACUUCCUGAGAUGAGUAUUACAUCAGGCCCUCUCUAUAGGAUAGUGGAUCUGUCCCUUUCAUUCAGAAAUAACUUACCAGAAGAGGCGAUUCCUCCAGAUAUUCCAAAAAUACUAAUUCCAGGUGAGGAUGAUGAUGAUGAUGAAGAUAGUUAG